GUCCAUUCCCGGUUUAAGCAACAGUAGAAUUACCUUCCUUUUUUAAAUCCACGUUAUUAUUUGUGUCACAAACAGUUACUUUUAGAAAAAAUCCAUAAAUAAUCCUUCGCUAAAGGAAUUCAUACAUUCCCCUUGAAAGUUUUAUUUUUUUAAUGUUCAUAGUUUGACAACAAUGAAUAAUCCUAAGAGAAGAAAGGAAGAUCCAAUGCCUGAAAUGGAAAAGAAGGAUGGUGGUUCAUUUUCAUCUAUUCAGCUUUCUGCAGAUGAAUUUAGAAAACAUUUAGGGAAUGCUGAAGUUGUAGAACUGAUUAAAGGCUAUUUUCUCAAAAAUAAAGAUGAAAGUAAAAUUUCUCAAUAUAUUGAAGCUGGUGGUUCAGUAUCAGAAAUUUGUCAGCUGCUUACUACUAUCGACCUAAAAAAAAGAGAUCAGUCUAGUGUAAUAUUCGAAGCGCUCCAGUUAAUAAUAAUCAAAUGUAUUACUGAGUUUCCAGACCAAAAUCAAUUUAAAGAGGAUUGUAAACAAUUGAUUGCUAAUUAUUUAGGGGAAUUCCAGUCUUUUUUGACAUCGAAAACAUCAGUAAAAAACAAGAAAAUUGUUUUGCGCCUCUUAGCUGUUUUAGCUACAGUAAGCACCAGCCUAGCUACCCUUAUUCUGUUGUCACUUACGUUAACGAAGGACGAUGUUGACGCUCUGGUUGAACAUUUUGACCCACUUGAUGAGAAAAGUUUGAGGAUUGCUUUUAUUCACUUUCUUUUAGCUUUUAUCAUCGAACAAAGUCCUAAAGUAAUAGAAAAAUUACUAGGAAAGAAGGUGUGGCUUCCUUCAAUUUUUCCUGGGCUUCAGUAUGAUUCACCUUUCACUGUAAAGUUAGUCUUAUCAACAUUGGAGGGAAGAGUUAUCGAUAACAAAGAUCUUUCUAAAACGAGCAAACUUUACGUAUUUAAUACAAUGUCUCUUUUUUGUUUAUCUGAAUUAUACAAUUGGAAUCCUAAAGCAUGGUAUGAUAAGAAAUCAAACAAAAUGACUUCUUUUAAUGGACAAAUUAGUGAAGAUGAUAAAAUAGAAAUACGGACAUUAGUUCAUGGAUUACUUCUUAAAGUUACUACUUCAGUAAAAUAUGGCAUUGCUUUUCAUGAUCCAACGUAUGGAACAUCUAAUGUCCAGCGAAAUUAUACUAUUAGUAAUUUUUUACAGAAACUUUCACAGCCCUGGGAGGAUAAUUUAAAAACAGAUCUUUUACAUCAAAUCAUUACUGUUUGCCCGGAUUUACUGAAACCUGUGUUAACAUCACUUCAACCUCGCCUGAAAGUCGUUUUACCUAACUGGCUUCAAAUAGUAGAUUUGAUUAUACAGAUCAUUGUUGAUGUAAAAUUUGAUUUAAAGAAUGUAGAACCUAAACAUUUCUCAACAAUAGUUCAAAACUUGAUAGUUCCUCAUCAAAUUUUGGAAGCGAUCUCUAAUGGACUGCUGUUAAAUGCUAAAACUUCUCAUGAAAAGCUGACCGUUUUAAAGUUGUUGCUAAUCCUUUUGAACAGGUAUAAGGAUGUUUCUGGUGUCUUCAUGAAGGAAUUAAAGGAUCAUUCCUCAGUUCAAGCUAAUAUUACUGCAUACCUAAUUAAUAAUUUACCUAAAAGCCAUGAUAUUUGCCAAUGUCUUAAACUCUCACAUAGUAAUCUGGAGUAUGAUGUGGUGAAAGAGUUGAUUCAAUUGCUUACUUUAUUUGAAGAAAUUUGUCCAGAAGUGGUCGAUAUUAUUAGAUAUGAUGAUACUGUUUCUAAUUGGGUCAAAGAAUGUGUUUCUGGUUUUGAAUCAUCUGAAUCGUGCAAUAUCUCUCUUUUACUGAGUAUGAUUAGGCUGGAAAUAAUUGUUAAUCCCCAGGAUACUUAUGAGGAACAAUAUUUGGACCGCUUUAAAUACACAACUAUGGGUAAAGAGGACUCUGAUGUAAAACUUGGUCUUGGAAUUUUAAAAGAACUUUUGUAUAAGUCUGGCAUCUUCAUCAGAAAUGAAAAAGAGCUUUCACUGUGGAUCUAUUGCAUGGAAAAAUACUUUGAUCAUAGUAUUGGUUCCACUAUCGCUGACAGCUUAAAGUGGGCUUUAGAAAACAUGAAUGCGAUUUAUAAGACUUUAUUAGAAGUUCAAGAAUAUUCAGCAGUUGAUACCCUAUCUGGAUUAAAUUUGGAUGAUUUUUUGAAAUUGUCCGUGAAUGAUGAUGUAUCUGGUUUGGACACUUCGGUGGAUUCCAUGUUUAAUUUGAGUCCUUUGUUGCCCUCUCUUUUGCAUUGCCUCAGCAACAAUUUUUCCAUUGAAAGUGAUGAAUUUCUUAUAGCAUUUAUUGUUCACCAUCUUCAUCGUCAGGUUUCUAUUCAACCUUAUAUCGUGUUAUUAAAUAAGUACAAAAAUCCAUCAGUUGAAAAAAUCCUUCAUUAUACUGAGUCUUGGUUAAAUAUACCAACACCCAUUAAUAUUUCCCCAUUCAGCAAAUCUGUUUACUAUAAUGCCUCUAGGAGUGUUUUAAAUGGAAAGAAAUUUGAUUACGACUCUGCUAAAGACAUACUGAAUGACGUAAAGGGUACAGAGCUAUUAUUAGAAGAGUGUAUCUUCAUGGCCUGUGAAUUGUCAAGGCUGGGGCAUGCAACACCCACGAGAUUGGAACAAAUAUCGUGCCUUGUGCGCUUCUGCCUAACUGAUACUGGCCUCCAAGUACCUAUGCACCAUCCUACAUUGCUUGCUAACUUCCAUCCUAUGAUGGAUGUAGGUGACUCAGAUCUGACCAAUCUUGUCAUAAUGAUAUCUGAGCACUGCAGCUUAAGUCCGAAAACUAUUGCUCCUUUUUCUCAUAGGCUCUCAUUUGAAUUAAAAUAUGCUAAAAGUAUAUGCUACAAUCUUGAAGAUGAUUCAAAGCUGAAAAAAUUACUGAAAAUUUUCAAAUUGUCCAAGUCAGAUGUUCAAGACCUGAUAGAUUAUGUAUUUGCUAUGAAAGCUAAGUACUUUGAACGUAAUGGAAAACUAUCACCAUGGGCUACAGUGGUCAUUUAUUUACUGAACGAGGCAGUGGAGUUAAGUAUUACCAUAAAUGAAAAGAAUUUAAAGGGUCUGAUCAGUGUUUUAAUUAAACUAAUAGAGAGAGAUUAUGAUGUUUCUGAAUUAUGCAAUUGUUUUUUGAAAUAUUUAAAAGCUUUUGAGUUAGAUGUAAGCGGCACUCUUCUGGACUCCUUUAAAGAUCUUUUUUCAGAGUUGUUCAUUGUGAUGUCUACUGCUAUCACUUGGUACGAAGAUUUGUGUAUAUUUAUUUAUCUUCUUUUGGACAAAGUUGAUUAUACCAACAUUUCUGUAGAUAGAGCUGUUACUCUGUUAGCUUCACUUGAAAAGUUUAGAAAAAGACACAAAGAUGUUGUUUCUGAUUCUUCUCAGAUAAUAUUUAAUGGUUUAUCCACAAGACCUUCUCCGAAAUGGUUGGUGGACUUGAGAAAAAUAAUUGAUACUCUUUUACCUCCUGAGACAUGCAAGAAAACUUGCAAGUUAGUAAAAAAACACCCCAAGGAUAUUUUUACUUCAACAGAAAGUUUGUUAGUUAUAAAAGAAAUAUUUAAAAAAUCUGAAGAGAUGUUCACACUAUAUACAUUAGUAACAGAUUGGUUAAGUGAUGAGUUCAAUAAACCAGAGGGCUUUGAUCAAGCACAAAGUGAAGAAAUGUGUAAAAUAUUGAUAUGGAUACUACAGGAUGAUAUUGAUGGUAGCGGAUUGAGCACUGCUGACAACGAUUUUGUUAUGCAUCUACUACUACAGGGACUAAGGCUUCCAUCUCAGUUUAUUCUUGAUCUUUUAUUCAGUCUUGUGGAAAAAAAUCUGACCAAACUUCCUCCUAAUGAAAUAUUUGAACUAUUAACUUCACAUUCUUGUUUUCUUGAUGUUGUACUAGGGGAAAAUACUUCUGCAAAACAUAGCUGCUUAAAAUUGAUGUUGGUACUUGUAACUAAAGAUAAUUCUCUUAUUAAUUCUAAACAUGUUCCUGUGUUGCUUUCUUGUUAUGGAGCUACUUUAAGUAAAUUGGACCAGAUAAUUUUAAAGAUUUUGUAUAUUUAUGAGAGAGUUGGCGGUAUAAACCUAGCUGGUUGGAAACCCUAUGUUUGGGGUGAAGCUGCUGUUGAUCAUUACAGCGUGAGAACCAAGCUCUCAUCUGUAAAACCUAAUAAUACUAUAACGUUAGACUUAUUUGAUAAAGAAGUUGUUUUAAAAACUAUCAGUGAAUUUCCUCUCGACAGGAGGUUAAAUGGUGAUUACGAUACAAAUGUUGAUAAGAUAUACGAUCCUGCGUUUUAUUUACCUUUAUUAAGUCAAGUAGCAUCGGAGAAAAACCUUGGCUGGAAGUUAGCAGGAAGUGGUGCUUUAGCACUUACCUUAGCAGCGCUUGCGAGUUCGGAUCCAGAGGUUCGAUCAGCUGCUUACCAUGUACUUCAUAGAAUGUACACCAAUAUAGAGGAACAUAAAGACAAUCUUAUUUGGAGGCAUUUCAUUGAGGCAGUGAGGGGAGGAAUAGUGGAUUUAAAUGAAAAUGAUAAUGUAAGGCUUUCUUCAAUUAUCACUACUUUCUUGGCCCGAGCAUCUAUAAUCAUGGCAUUUCCUGAUGAUUAUUUAUACUUCAGCCUGCACAAUUUUAUUUUUGCUAAACCACAUUUGAAACUAAAUACUGUACCUGCGUUUUUCGAAAUGUUUCAUCAUACCCAAGGAAAUCAAAAAUUACAUCAACGUUGGCUAUUAGAAGUUAUAAAGGAUGGGAUCAGAGAACAAAGAGAUCUUCAAUUAGCCUUGAACUGUUUAAGCUUUAAAUUUAUAUUGGAUUACCAUUCUUGCAAUUUGGCCUCUCAAAAAACAAAACAAUUAAUAGAAGAAUUAGUGGCCAAAUGUGUUGAAUUCGUCGAUGAAAAACAGCUGUUGAUUAAUAAUUAUAGCAUUAUUCCUUGGAUUAGUGUUGCUAACAGCAAAUUAAUUAAUAAUUUACCUCAGAAAAAAAAUUCACAGUACAAACCUCUCAUCGAAUUCAUUAAACAAACAACUUAAACAUUCUUAAUUUUAUUUUUUGUUAAUAAUUAACAGUUCCUACUUUGUUGUAACUAUAUUUUUUACUUUAUAUGUUUUGUAUAAUACAGAUUUUUUAUUACCUUAGG